AUGCUGUCCUUCACCGCGCCCAGGACUCCGCCGUGGCUCGUCGCCUCCCUCAUCGUGCCGCGUCUUUACCUUUCCAAUCUCUUCACUGCGCGCGACCCCGCACAGCUCACAGAACUGGGCGUUACACAUGUUCUGAGCGUGGUAGAGGAUGCUCCAAAUAUUCCCAAAGACAUGGGACUCAGGACACUUCAUGUGCCGAUACGGGACGAGGUCGGGGUAGACAUCCUGGGAUACCUCGAUGAGACCACAGACUGGAUCAAAGCUGCCCUUUCCGAGAACGUCUCUAACACAGUACUGGUUCACUGCCUCGUAGGCAUGUCCCGCUCAGCCACAGUUGUCUGCGCCUACAUCCUGGCCACGACGAACAUGACGCCCUCGCAAUCCAUCAGCUUUGUUGCUUCCAAGCGAAGUGUGGUCUCCCCCAACGUUGGCUUCAGGAAACAGCUGGAGCACUCAGACUCGGCUUGA